GAAGAACGAUGCAAAGUCUAUAAUGAAGGAAGAAUAAAUAAGAAAAGCUAUGAAAAUGUGCUAGAGGAAAUGUCGGCAUCUCAAAACACCCUAAAUUCCAUGUGGUAUAUGGAGGUGAGAGAGCUUCGAGAAAGAGCAAAGGCUUACAGGCAACGAGUAGAGGGAACACACUUCUCCCGAUACCAUCUCAAUCAGAUCCUGUCCGAUAAUAACAGUCUUUGGGAUGUGUCCUCAAAUUCCAGUGCAGAAGAAGGCAUCAGCAACAACAUCAGAGCACUAGAUCUUGCCGGAGUUUCUGAAAAAGAGACUGCACCAAGCCCCAAAAUACUGCACCAGCCUGACUCUAGAGAACAGCCACACCAGGACAUCACUGAGAAGAAAGACAUGUCAAAUGUUUUAACUGUUCCAGUCAAAAGGCGUUUAGUUUGGGGUGAACAAGAAGGUAUUAAAGAAGGGGAAAAUCAGCAAUCAGCAGAAGAAGAAGAAAACCAAGAUGAACAGGCUGAAGUUGUGGCUCAGCAGUUAGAAGAAAGCAGUAAGGGUGCCAAUGAAGAUAAAAAAAUUGAAGGUGAGAAUGCCUUAGUAUUGAAUUCUUCUGCAGCUGUGUCAGAUUCUUCUUCUGUAUCCUCGAGGACAGGCGGCAGGCUUCCUACUCCGAAACUGAGAGCACUUGGUGGAGCUCAGAGGACUCAUCAUGAUCUCACUACCCCAGCUGUUGGAGGUGCGGUUCUAGUGUCUCCUCCCAAAUCCAAGUCUUCAUCCUCACAGCAGAGAACACGAGAUUUAGGAACAGACCCUUCUUCAGCUAAGCAAGGUGCAAGAGAAGCUUCAAAAAGAAGGUCUUUCCGGCCUGAUGUGGAAGUGGAAGCUGUUUCACUCCUUACCUCUCCACCUGCUGGGCUGGGAACUUUGGAUCCUCUGCCACUUAGGCAGGAUCAGUGGCCUCCUAACAGUGUCUCUGAUGAGCGAGUUCCUCAUGCUUCAGCCUAUCGAGAGCAUUCCUCUACACCUCCUGUAAUGAAGUCAGCCAAAAGCUGCUCUGUGCCUUGCUGGAGUCCCUCUCGUCGUAUUCAAGGGACUCUCAAGCAUCCAGAAUUCCAGCAUAAUGGGAAUGUUGGCAAUCCAAAAAUGAGAUCUUUCCAGUUACCCCUUCAGGAAAGAAACUAUAAUGAUGAAGAUGACAGGUUGUCUCAGAUUUCUGCUCGCUCGGCAGCAUCUAGCUCACUUGCAUCUCAGAUACUGGAACGAGCUCAGAAGAGGAAGGAUUUCUGGGGCAAGACAUAAUCUCUCCCACCUGUUGUAUAGAAACUGUUCUGUAAAAUGAUUUAUUUUUUAUAGUUUGUAGUGUACAUUUUAAAAAAAUGUGAUUGUAGAUAUCAUGCAGCAUUUUUUACUUAUCACUGAUAUGGCCCAACUUUUAGGACUUUCCAUCCCAAUUUAAAAUUUCAAUAUUUAAACCAG